CUCUCUGGUUGGUGCCCGCCUCUCAGCUGUGCAGCUAGGUAAACAAACAGGAGAGGAGCAGAAACGAGCAGCAGCAGGCACUUUGCUGGCUCUUGGGCUUCCUCGGGGGAAUUUUAUAUUCUUUAUAUCCAUUUUUGUAACUAUUUAAUACCGUGUUUCCUAAAACUUUACUACUUUAAUACGCUGGUUUUUACAUUUUCUAAGGAUUGGCUGUAGGCUGCCAGCUUGGAAACAGGAUUUUCCCCCUCCUCUCUUCUUUCGAGAAAAGCUGCAAAUGACUCAACGAAGAAACUAAAGUAGAUAGGAACACGGCAGUGUGUUUAAAGAGUGUAAUCUAGAGCAGUGUUAUCUGAUGUUCAGUCUUCCUCGUAUUUAAAGCGGUGCUGCUAACGCUAACGGCUGCCAGCCUCAGGGAAGAAUGACGGCCGUUCAGAUUAUCAAUAUCCAACGUUUACUGGAGGCUGCGGAGUAUCUAGAGAGGAGAGAGAGAGAGUGUGAACACGGAUAUGCGUCGACGUUUCCGUCAAGCCAGGACACAAACUACCAGAGGCAAAGAAAAUUCCGAAAUAAGAAGUUCAGCAGUAACCACAACAGGUCCACACACAAUGAGCUGGAGAAAAAUAGACGAGCUCAUCUACGGCUGUGUCUGGAGCGGUUGAAGGCCCUCAUACCUCUGGGUCCCGACUGCAACCGCCACACCACUCUGGGCCUGCUCAACAAAGCCAAAGCACACAUAAAAAAACUUGAAGAUACGGACAGGAAGAGCCAGUACCAGCUGGAGUCUCUGGAGCGCGAGCAGAGGCACCUCCAGCGACAGCUGGAGCUGCUGAGAGGAGGCAGCAGUGCUGCAGCCCAGAGCAGCCCAGGGGAGGGAGAGAGGAUACGUAUGGACAGUGUGGGCUCCCCCCUCUGCUCAGACCGCUCUGACUCUGACCAAGAGGAGAUUGAGGUGGACGUGGAAAGUACGGAGUUCUCCCAUGGAGAGCUGGACAGCGUCAGCACAGCCAGCACCAGCGACCUGGAUGACCACAGCAGCCUGCAGAGCAUGGCCAGCGAUGAGGGCUACUCCUCCUGCAGUGUCAAACUUGCCUUCUCCUCCUAGAUCCUCACACCACCUCCACCUCCCUGCCAAACCUGCCUGCCCUCCUGUCCGUCAAUCCAAGGAGCUACGCCUACGUCCCCACACCCAGUCACCACCAACAGAGGCCACGCCCACAGCUGACAGCAUUCCUGUUGCUCCUGCCUCCCAGCAGCACCUGCUCCAAGCCUUUAGCCCCGCUCCCUCCUUCCUCCUCCUCUUCCUCCAGCGCUGCUGGUGGAGGAGCUCCACUCAGAGCUCUUCCUCACCUCUGAACUUUGAGCUGCCCGACCAACACCCACACCAGGACCCCAACACAGUGACAUGAGACUGCCAGCUGGUUUUAAUCUUCUUUUAGGGGAGAUCACAGACUCAGUCCAUCAAAAAAAUAUCUUAAUUUUUAACCCAAGCUUUGAAAAUGAAUUGAUUUCUUUUGUUUCUGUGAAAAGUCUGAAUUUUUAAUAUAUACACGACCCCUAAACUGAUCCACGACGCACUUAAACUCAUGUGAUAUUGGAAAAUGUAGAUCUUCUGUUUGGUUCUCUCCCCUGUGGGUGUGUGUAUGAGUGUGUGUGCACUGAGCUGUGUCUCCCAUCUUAACGUUCUGGUGUUGGGUCUGGAUAAACAGGAGCACAUCUAAUCUGGACUUUAAUGAACCUUGUGGGUGAACUUUGCCAUAUUGUUGCAGCUUGGCCCUGAUACACGUUCCGUCUGCCCUGAAUCGAAUCCUUUGUCUUAUCUUUGUUUUUCUUUAUUACCUCUGCUCCACGCCGCAGACGCUCGGACACUCCAACUGGUGCUAAUGUGAAACAAACCAACGGGGGGAGCAGAUCAGAUCCAUCACCACUAAGCUUUUAAAGCUAACAGAGUGUGGCUGCCGUGAUUGUUUCCAACUGAGCACGAAGGAAAACAACCACAAAAAAAAAACAGAAAAAGGAGGAAAAGAAGCAUUCCUGUCGAAUGUGGGUGCUCGGUGCUUUUACAAAGAGUGGAAAUUGUAUUUUGUGUGUGUUUUGUUUUGGUUUCUUCCCCCUCUCUCAACAAGCAGCUACAACAAGCUAUCCUGCACUUGCCUACUUUAGAGCUGUGCGUAGAAACGGCACAAACCAACACAUAAACCAAUAAACCAACGACAGCAACAAAGAAAGAGUCCAAACAACAACAACAACAAUGACAACAACCUUUGGAUCAGGUGUCCAUCCUCUCUCCAGCAGUAACAAGCAAUAACCCUUCUCCUUGUUUUUGUCUCGUUGGUUUGACUCCUCCCUUUUUUUUCUCCUCCUCCCUUCAGACUGUGUGACCGUCCAAAAAGUACAUUGACUUCUUUUUUUUUUGUACAUACAGAUAGUUUAAUAAAUUCAACUUUAAAAAGGAGAUUUAAAAAAAGGUAGAGCUCAUGGAUAGAAGUGUCGCCUCUGUUGCUGUUUGACUCGUGUUCAUCGUGCUUUUUAAAGUUUCCGGAGAGACUGAAUCCUUCUCGCGGCGGCAGCAGACGUGACGCGGAUUCUCUCGCUUUGUUCUGGAAACAUCGGGAGGUUUCCCGCUCUGUUGCCGCCCCGAGGAGGGGAGAAGAAAAGUUACUCUUUGACGUGAAAAGAACUUCCCAUCCAGAGAACAACCCAGCAGGACGUCUGGUGGAGGACGCCGAGUCUGUUUUUAUUUAUUAGACCGUUUUCCUCUUGUUUGUUGAUGUUUAAGAAACGGGAGGGGAAGCUUGAUCAGGUGAUCAGGUGAUCUGUGGAGGACGAGUGUGAAGACAAACGGGUGUUUUAUGAUGUCAAUGUUAGCAUCCAAACUCCACUGGCAUUAAGAAUUGCACUUCUACCACACUUUGUGUUUUAUUUUCCUCUCUCACCGUCUUCUCUCUCUCAUUGGUCCUUUUGUAUGUCCAAGGAAAAAAAAAAAAACUCCCCCCUUUGGAAUAUUUAUUUCUCAUCCCUUCAAAGAACACGAGCGACGGGAGAAAGAAGUUAACUUAUUGGUUCUGUCUUAUUGUACUCCUCUUUACGGAUGCUUUCCUCAUUCCUUAUUCUAAGAAUUGUAUAUUUUAUGGGUUGUUGUUAUUUUCUUUAUGGCGGGUCGGGGAGGUCGGGAGGGGAAAUGAAAUGUAGCCAUUUUGUUUGAUUUUUCUGAUGUUUUAUUCAAUGGACACUUGAAAUGUAAGUGGCCCCUAAGCUGCUCCUAGUGCUGAGCCUUGCCUAUUUAGAGUCACCUGCCUGCUGGAUCCGAGUCCCUCACCGACACAGACCUCAAACAGCCAGAUACAUGGAAGAGUAAGCGUCAGUCCUCCAUCACAGACCCCGUGUGUGAAGAUGUUCCCUGUCUGGUUGUUUUUCUGCGUCUGUGUCGAGGAGAGCGGAUCUCCGUGCAUGGCUUAUUGAUAAGUGGCAGAUAUUGAGCCAGCUACUACACAAUAACAGGGGUCUAAAACUCCACCGUCCUCUAGAAGGAGGGCUGUAGUCUCUAUUAGACUCGUGUUUUAGUUGACGAAACGUGUCUUACCUUUACAACACAAGGCCUCCAGUCGAGGACUUAAAGACAACAUAUUCAAAAGAACAAAUCCUGUCUUUGUCAGAAGGACAUUGUUAAGUUGAAGAGUUUGAGCUCUCUGUGGAGCCGUGUCGAGGUUGUUGGACUUGGCUCUGAAUCAAAACGUCACCACAUUUGGUGCUCGCUUAUAAAGAAGAAGAAAAAACGCCAAAACCACCUCAGAACACCUCAGUGUCCUCUCUCUUUAUCUCUCUCUUUCUCUGAGGGACAGUUUACAUGUAUUCCUCCCCUGUUUAAGUUAUUAACCUUCAGCUUCUCUUCGUUUCUGUUGUUUCAUCUUCAUACGUCGGUUUUAAGAACCUGCACUGCUGACAGGAAGAAAAGAAAGGUCCCACGUUUUGACGACAAAUGAAUAUCACUCCUGGUUCAAGCCUGGAUCACAUCCUGAUUGUGUUUUACUACGUGUAGUGAGACUUGUACCGCAGCAGGAUGGUUCUGAUAGUGUCGGGUUUCAUUGUUCAUCAAUGUGUGAAAACUGUCUGGAACUCAUUGUCUUGUCUCGUGUGGCAAACGAGUCCGAGCUUGUAUUCCAAGAAGGGAGAAAACAAACGAUGUGAAUGGAUUUUACUGAAGCCAGGUCCUCUCUCAUGUGAGUGUGUGUGUGUGUGCGUAUGUGUGUGUGCAUGUUUUAAGAGAGACACCUGGUCCUUGACGUGUCUGCGCUGAUCUCAGGGAGCUUAUCAGAUGUGUGAUUGUCAUUAAAAAGAGAGGAAGGUGUGAGAGCUCUGUUACGUAACAUUCAGUCUUCGUUCCUGCUCUAAGCUACUCCCUGAGUUCAGUCCAGACUCCUCCUGGAUCAGGUCUUUGAGAGGUCUGACCGAGAGUUUCUGACUGUGCUGCAGAUUCAACACAAACCAUAUCUUCAUAAGCUGGUGAUCACAAAGCUAUAUUUUUACCUCUGUGUUUCAGGUUAGGUUUAGACUUGCACCCGCCUCUGGCUCGGGUCAGGGUUGACUUUAUAGGAAUGUUACGUUCCGGUUUUGCAGCUUGGCCAGAAGCGUACCAGCUCGGACAAAGUGGAAGUCAGUGUCUUUUGUAAACCACACUCAAUGCUGGCGUCGGUCUCACUGGGAGGUCGACUUUUAGCCCAAACAGACGAGCGGUCCCUCGUAGGGAGUCCUCCUGAUGUUCUGAACCUGUGGCCAUCCUUUGUGAAACAUGCAGUCUGAUGAUGAUGAUGAUUCUAGACGUGUAAGUUGAAGAUGCAAUACUUACAAUAAAAACACCAAGAUUUUCAAACCUGAA